GGUACACUGGAAUUUACAACCUCCAAUCACCCAAUCACAAUGUACGAUGGUCAGACGCUCGGUUCAGCCAUGUUGUGGUUUUGAAUGAGGAAGAAGCGGGAGAUGUUAUUCUUCAACGAGUUUAUUUACAAUUUAUUGUCACGUUAAGGAUAUAUAAAUGAGUUAGGGUGUAACCCAACAUGAUUUUCGUUUUCCUGAACGCGUCGGUUGCGACUUAUCGCAUUCCCGUCGUAAUUUAAACAUACUUUCAUAAAUUAGCCGUGUAGCUAACAACGUUAGCUAGCAGGGUAGUUAGCCUAGUUUGCUAGUUAGGUAGCUAGCUAGCUAAUUGUAAGCUAAAUAUCAGGCGGUUUUGCGAGUGUUCGUGUGGUGAUAAAAUGGCAUUUGUUAGGAGUGUUGGUGUUUGAAGCAGUCUCGGCUAACUUUGCCCGGUCGAAAAAAAGCACAUUAGCUUAAUUGGGUUUGACUACAUUGACACUAAGGCUGACUGAAAUCAGUGACAGCGAUUUGUCUUGAAACUAGCGCCGUAAUUUCCAAAACUUUUGAGCCAUGUUGAAUAAAAUCUGCGAAUGGAUAGAAACGAGCGUUGCCAGUCUUCGCAAUGGUGUACCAGCUGCCGAACACCCACAUGCUCAACGCACACCAAGAGAUGGUCAGAUGAGGAGGAAAAGACCCUUUGAAUGUUUGGAAGAUGGCCAUAACAUCGACCAAGAUGGUUUGGUGAUAAAGAAAUCACGAAUGGGGGAUCUUAUCGACUCAGUCAAGAAUGCAGCUGAAGGGGUUAAGAAUCACAGCUCCAAUGUGGCUGCAUGGAUGAAGAACAAUGUAAAUCCUGCCUUGAGGAAUAUGCUGACUACCUCCCCUGGUUUGCCACCUGGAGAACCUCAUCCGCGCCCCUCAACAUCAUCAGCAAUUUGGACAGGGAGGCUGAUCCUUGACAGGAAUUCUCAGAAUGAGACAUUUGCUGCUCCCUCAACAACUUUGGAGUGGAAAACGUCAAAAUCUGAGUGGUUGCGUAAUGAGAAGUCAAAUACGGGAUCAAAAGUUUGUAGGCGACAAGUGUGCAUGAGUCCUGUGCAUCGUGAGGUGCCAAAAACAAACGGGCAUUCUGUUAAUUUGCCACCCUCCAUCACCCCUAAAUGGCAGCCUUCUCCAAGGCUGGGCAGGCCUUUAAGUCUCCGAGCGCAUGGAACUCAAAGUUCGUUUAGUGGAGUAGGUGCAACAAGCAGCUCUUGCACCAGCAUGUAUGAGAAGACCUUUCCCAUCAAAGUGGUGCAGAGCCCAACACACAGUACCUCAUCAGGCUGCUUACCCAAGACCAGGCCCCGCUGCACAGCACAGGAGUCUGUUCGAGAGGAGGAGAAGGAGGUCUACAGGCAGCUUCUUACUAUGGUCUCUGGUGGUCAGUCGUCUUAUCUUCACAAUGGCAGCUCGCACACUAUUGUGAGGUCUCACAGAGAUUUCACCAGCUUCCUGACCACCAGCCGCAGACUGCUGCAGUUCUCUUCUCCAACUGGGUCAGCAGCAGGAGGAACUUCAGAGGGGCCCAGCAGUCCCGCCAGCCCCAGGGGAGUCUCUAGCCAGUGCUCCAGCAACCUUCCCAGUCCACUGGGGGGCCCCAGCAAGCCAGAGAUCCAGACAUGGUCCCUGGACAGGGACCUCAGUUCCAGCAGAGGAGCUACUCUCAUAUCAACUCCUUCUCCAUCAGCUCUGCAGGAUAACUCUUCUCAGGACACACAGUCAUCAGCUCAUGAUGGCGACUCUGUAAUUAUUGUAGAUGAGCAAAAAAGUAAAAAACAAGACAGCUCGAGUGUGCCAUGUUUCCAAGCUGAGUUAUGGAUCAAAGAAUUGACAAGUAUGUAUGACUCCCGGGCGAGGGAAAGACGGAGACAGAUAGAAGAGCAAGAAGCUCUGGCUGCUCAGUUGCUGCAGCAGCGCCUGUCUGACGAGGAGCAGCGUAGCCCAGAUGUCGAAGUCUUUGUUCGAGUUCCUUUGGAGAAAGAGCUUCCUUUGAGUCCUAUCAUAAAAGAAGAGACGUCUUUGGAAGAGAAACCAGAAUUCCCUGAACUUACAGAGGAAAUGGAGGCUGAAGUGAACAGGGUGCUGCGAGGGGGCAAUCCUCAUGAAGUGUUAAGUGAAGGUUUUGGUCUCAGCCUUACACGUAAAGACCUGCAAACCCUGAGCAACCUCAACUGGCUCAAUGAUGAGGUGAUCAACUUCUACAUGAACCUGCUGGUUGAGCGCAGCAAGGAUUCCAACAUGCCAACAGUCAAUACGUUCAAUACUUUUUUCUAUCCCAAGCUGCGCAGCAGUGGCUAUUCUGCUGUCCGCCGCUGGACCAAAAAGAUGGACAUCUUUUCUAAAGACAUCUUGUUGGUUCCUGUCCACUUGGGGGUGCACUGGUGCCUUUCUGUGGUGGAUUUCCGCAAGAAGUCCAUCAUGUACUUUGAUUCUAUGGGAGGAAACAACGAUAAAGCAUGUGAAAUAUUGUUUGAAUACCUGCAACAGGAAAGUAAGGACAAAAAAGGCAAAGAACUGGAUACCUCAGGCUGGAUUCUGCACAGCAAAACACGCAAUGAGAUCCCUCAGCAAAUGAAUGGUAGCGACUGUGGAAUGUUCACAUGCAAAUAUGCAGAUUACAUUACCAAAGACAAACCAAUCACUUUCACGCAGAAACAUAUGCCAUAUUUCAGAAAAAGGAUCGUUUGGGAGAUUGUAAACCACAAGCUGUUGUGAUGUGAGGAUGACAAUUGUGAAGUUGUACAGUUGCCUCACAUCUUGAUGAUGGUUGAGUUUUACUCCCCAGGAAAGGACUCGCAGAUGGGAGACUUGAAUUCUGGGAACAACUUUCACACCAGCUCGUCUGAUCAGGAACCAGCUCAGCGAUUUCCAUCCUCGGCUAAAAGUAGCUGAAAGGAUGUUGCUGGAGCAACAAAUCACUGCCUCCAACUUCUUCUACAGUUUUUUUUGUGUGUGUGUCAGACAGCAGCUCAAACGCUUUGAUUUGUACGGUCCAGUCAGAACUGUUUUUGAAAUUACACUUGUGCAAAUCAUACUCUGAGGUGGAAUGUUCAUUACAUGUUUUUGUGCCACAAUCAGUUGUCAUUGAGCACUCAUUGAUUAACAUGUAUUGUGUUAUCAGUAAAAGUAAAAAAAAAAAAAAGUGUUUUAAAAGCAGAUUACAUUCCCAAAUGUCAAAGUCUCUAUUUCCCCCCUGAUCUUCACACAUGAGAACUCCACACAAUGGUGGCACAAUCUGGUGGCACACAUGAGAUUACACACAUCGUGUUGAUAUUAAAAGUGCUUAGUUUGUUUCAGGCAGGCCUGCCUGGGUAAAGCAUGUAGGAUAUUUGACACCUAUUGGUUUGCUACACAUUCUCCAGUUACCUGCUUACACUGGUUUUCUGUCAGGGAUCUGGAGCUUAAAGACAUUUGGAUGUCUGACUUGGACUUUUGUGUUACUGCAUACAGCUUUGCUGUAAUGUCUACAAAGUUCAGAGUUGCAGCUUAUGUGUGGAUUUUACUUUAGUCUGUGUUUGGACGAGAAUUUUGAUGUUAUAAGGUGAAGUUAAUAUUAAAAUAGGUAAUUACCUCAUUGUUGCAGGUAAAUUGAUACAAUGCCACUCAGUUCUUUAUGACACUUCAGUAAAGCUGAGAAAUUAAUGUGACAUAACCUCAGAGUAUGAUUUAGAGUGAACAAAAACAUUGUUUCUCUUUGGUGCUGGUUUGCAGGUGUAACCAAACAAUUACACCGUAAGAGUACGGUAAAAGUUCUGUCAUUUGUUUAUCCAGUUUUCUUGAUGGUGUAAAAUAAGGUUAAAAGUCUAUUUUAUGUAUUUCGGUGUUCUUUUGUUCAACAACCUUUUGGUAUAUUCAGUAUAUUUUGAACUUUGUAUAUACUUAAAACAUAUACAGCAAACAAUGUAAAAUACUUUUUUUAAGAAUGUAUUUCCUAUCUAUUUUAUCUAGACUCGAGUCUGUUUUAGAAAUAAAUUCUCAUGUAUUGUG